AUGGGUCAGCAAGGCUCUAAGGGGCCUAAAAUCACGGCGCAAGAUCGUGCCAUUCUGGACCUGAAGCUUCAACGCGACAAAAUCAAGCAAUAUCAGAAGAAGCUGUCCAUAGGUACCGAGCGCGAAAAUGCUUUGGCCAAGGAAGCUCUCGCUCGAGGUGACCGGGAUAAGGCACGAACGGCGCUGCGGCGCCGAAAGUAUCAAGAGUCGCUUCUGAGCAAGACAGAUGGCCAGCUUGAGACGCUUGAGGGCCUAGUCUCGACAAUCGAGUUCGCCCAGAUCGAGCAAGCCGUCUUGCACGGCCUCAAGCAAGGCAAUGAGGUCCUGAAGGACAUACAUAGAGUCAUGAAGAUUGAAUCCGUCGAGAAGCUCAUGGAGGAAACUGCUGAGGCGCAGGCCGCCCAAAGAGAAAUCGACGAAAUGCUCUCCUCUCAAAUGACGGCCGAAGAGGAAGAAGCAGUUAUGAAGGAGCUUGAGGAGAUUGAGAAAGAGCAACAAGCACUGAUGCUGCAGGAGGAAGGCGACGAGGAUGCCGUCCUGUUGCCAAGUGCCCCAAAGACCAAGCUUAUACAGCAAGAGUCGCAGCAACAAGAGCCUGCACCCGUUCGGGAACGAGCACAAGAGAGGCAGCAGCCAGAAGCAGUGCUUGCAUGA